CAAUUCUGAUUCUUCAAUUCAGUAACGAUUGAAUUUCAAGAAAGUCAUAUGGAGAAUUGUUUUUUAGCUUAUGAAAUUGAACUGGGUUUUCUUUAGUUUGGCUUAGUUUAUAAUGUUAUACAACUUAUAUUCUGUAACUAUAUGAUCUCUACUUGCUUUCUCACAUUUUAAAAAAACCCAUUUGAACAACUGAUCUUAUCAUCUUUAAUUCACAUGGGUUUGGUUUAAUUUUGAUUAUUUUGAUCAAUAUACAUUGCUUUUACUAAGGAAUUUUUCUGAGUUUAGUUUAGUUGUGCUCAUUGUGGUCAUUAUUUUCCUUCAUUUUCUUUUGAACUUUUGAAAUCUCGUAUUUUUGUUUGCAUUGUUGAUUAGUUUUAUCAAAACACAGCUUCUUAUGGGCUUAGGAUUAAUUUUGAAAAAGUAAAAUUGAAAAUUGAUUAUAGUGUUGUAAAUUCUCAUCAUAGGUUAGUUUUAGCUCAUUGCUUUUACCUUUUUCUUUUCCUUUUUCUUUUUAGCUAUUUGAGAGAUGUCACUUUGUUGAACUUUGUUUACUUCAUUUGGUUUUUAAGCAGAGAAUGGGAGCUUGGUGAAGUAUUCUUUUGGGUUUCAUAUUGAGUUGACACAAAAAUGAUGCCUGUUUGCUCGGUCACCCCGUGUUCUUCUUCUCAUCCUCAGAUUUCAGUCCAUGGAGGAAUGCGACUCUUUUGUCCACAUUGGAAUGAUUCUGAAUCCAGAUGUAUUGCAGAAGACAGAGUUGUUUUCGGCUUUCCCAAUGGAACUUAUCAGCAAAGAAUUUCCUUUAAAACUCAAGCUGCAAAAUCUUCUUACUUCAUUUUCCUUGAAAGAAAUGAACAAUCAGUACCCAUGGGUUUUACUGAAAAUCAUUUCUGCAUAAAUGAAUUAAAUGAUAUUAAAUGCAAGUUAUACAAUGAACUGGACCUUAAGCGAGGGGAUAAAGUGGAAUAUGUGGAAAGUUAUAGCAUAUCUGAUGUAGAAGAGGGACUAAUGGACUUUACUGACCAGUCAACAGAAAAUGCAGAUAGUUUAACAGGACCAGUGGAACCUGAUAUCUCGUCAACUAGCGCUAUAAAACUAGAGAAUCCCAGCAUAGAAUCUGACUCCCUGGAUAUGGAUAAUGAUUCAUUAUCCAGUGUGAAGGCAAGUUUUGAUGAUUUAUUUGAUGGGGUUAGGGACUCCAUCAACACUUCUGUGAAUGAGGGAGAAAAUCUAUUGAAAAGCUCACUAGAUACAAUUACUUCAUCGAUAACAUCAAUUACAAAAAGUGCUUCUGAAGCAGUGGAUAAUGCCUGGACUGGGGUGUUUUCAGCUGUAGAUCAAACAAGAGAAUCAGCUGGAAAUAGAUUGAAUAGCUUCUCAAGUGAUUUGAAGGAAGCCACAAUUAAAGCAACAGUCAGUUCUGUUGAUGUGUUGAGAGGCACAAUUAUUGCAAUGGAAGACUUGAUAGCAAAAGGGGCUUCUCUUGUUGUUUAUUGUUAUGGAUCUGCCAAGGGACUACUUCCUCCAGAGAUCAGGGAUGCACUAAUUUUUUCUGAAGAAAAAGGGGCACAAAUAUUGAGGCCCAUUGGUACAUCUUUUCAGCAGAUUUAUUUUGCUGUUGAGGAAUUGGAGAAAAAUCUUGGCUUGGAUCCUAAUGAUCCAAUUGUUCCAUUCUUUCUUCUCGUUGGAACCUCGGCCACUCUUUGGAUUUUUUAUUGGGUGUGGGCUUAUGGUGGUUACUCUGGAGAUUUAUCUCCUCAGUUAACUUUAGAUCUAUUGACCGGGACAGAGAAUGCUGUUCUCAUUGAUGUUCGGCCCGAGGUCCUGAGAGAAAGAGAUGGCAUUCCUGAUAUUCGACGAACAGCUCGGUUUCGCUAUGCAAGUGUAACUCUACCAGGGGUUGAUGAACCACUGCAAAAAUUGUUGAAGGGUGGCAAUGACAUAGACAACACCUUAAUUGCUGCAGUUAUUCAAAACUUGAAAGCUGUUCAGGACAGGUCCAAGGUCAUAGUUAUGGAUGCUGACGGUAUCUCUUCCAAAGGCAUUGCAAGAUCCUUGAGAAAACUUGGGGUUAAGAGACCAUACUUGGUCCAAGGCGGCUUCCAGUCUUGGGUGAAACAAGGUCUUCGAAUCAAGGAACUUAAACCUGAGACAGCACUAACUGUACUGAAUGAGGAAGCUGAGGCAAUACUAGAAGAUCUUAGUCCUUCUCCAGUGCAAGUCCUUGGGUAUGGAGUGGGUUCUGUUGCAGCAUUGUAUGCAUUACUAGAGUGGGAGAAGACAUUACAACUUAUUGGUGUUGUUGGCCUCACUCAGAGUAUUUAUCGGCGAGUUGCUUCAUAUGAAGGCCCUGAGGAUUUCAGGAAAGAUGUGAGGUUAUUGCUUGCUCCUUUAAAAAUUGGAGCUCAGGCAUUUUCAUGGGCUGCUGGAAAAUUAGAAACCAACGGCAUUGGACUCCCUACAUCACCUUCAUCUUUAGAUGUUCAAAACCGGGUGCUUCAAGCUGCUGCAAAGCAUGAAUCUCAAUCAUCUGAUACUGAAGAAGUUCAGAAUCCAUCUGCUGAAUCAUCGACUCCAAUAAAUGAGAAUGUAGAUUUUUCAGAAGCAUAGGCAUUGGAAUUGGCCUUAAAUAAUCAUUCCUACAUUUGAGAAUUGAACUAAUCUUUCCAAUGUAUAAAGUGUAGUAAUAAACAUCCCACGGUAUGACUUCUUUGAAAUUGAGUUUUGCACUUUACAUCAGAUCAAUCAAGCAAGUUUGUACAUCUCAAA